CCUUCUCGCGUCGCAGUCUCGGCCAAAGAGAAAAAGCCUUCCACCACAAGCACGUUUCUCAAUACCGCUCGAAAAACCAAUCCCUUUUCACUGGCUAUCGUAACGGAUCGUCACACCCUUCAACAACGUUUCCUCAACUGCUCGCCUUGCACGGUGGUUCCGCAAGCAAGAUGACUUCGGCGGGAUGCAAGACGUUCCCAAAGUUCCGGGAGUUGCCCAUGGAGAUUCAGGACCAUAUAUGGGAACUGGCCGGCCACGCACAUCCCCACCCCAAGUUCUAUCCGGGCGCGCAAUUCUUCACCAUCUACAACACCAUCACCGACGACGACACUGCCAUUGCCCACCCCAAGACCCAGGGCGACCCCUGGAAGUACCGCCUCGCGGCCCCGACGGCCGCCGUCGACCCCCGCGCCCCGGAGCUGUCGGCCUACCUCAUCGACUCGGGCCUCUGGCUGGCGUGCCGCAGCUCGUACAAGGCGGUAGGGCGCAAUUACAUGUGGGAGCGCACCUCGGACCUCAAGGUAAAGCUCGCCAGUGCCGGCACCGAGGACGAGGGCAUGACGGCGCUGUGGGAGUUUAGUCUGUACUGUCCCAGGGAGGUCCGGUUCGAGAAGACGCCCGAUACCGGCCGGUCCCUGCACUGGGCGUGUCCGCUGGUCGACCUCGUCGUCCUGCAGCCGCACAAAUACGGCUCCAUCACCUUCUUCGAGCUUGGCUCCUACCUGCCCGUCAUGUUCAACUAUCCGAUUACGGCCAGGGAUCUCCGCGUGAGGGACGUCGCGCUGGAGCUUCGUCCCGAGUGGAUCCGCGACGGCCGCCAGGGCAACGAGGCCGCCUUCACUCUCCUCGAGGGGGCGGCGAGAUGGCGGGCGGCCGACUGGGCCCAAGACAUCUGGCUCAUCGACUACGGCAUCAAGCGCAUCGCGGGCGCGCCUCUCCGCUCCGAUAGGCGACGCUUCAUCGGCAACAGGUGCCGGUUCGUCGAGGUGCGGCUCAAGGACGCACAAUGGGAGUUUUCGACCGUCGUCGACUCAUACAACCUUGUCAGGCGGCUCGCGAUCCCGAACCUCCAAUGGCCGCACCGUGUCAAUCGCUUCCAGGAGUCAAUGUAUCGCCAGAGGCUGUGGGGCGUCCUCGCCUGCGUCAUGGACGACGAGUAGAGAGAGCAUCAGACGUGCAUGUUGGUGCUCGUGGGAUCGAUUGCUGGUUAGGUAGGUUGUGUCAACGGGAAGACGGAAGGCAGCAUCCUCGACUUGACGAUGGGAGGAAAGAAGCCUUCUAGACGGGAGGUAGGGGGAAAGGGGGGCAAAGCUAGUAUCGGUUCAGGUGGGAGUCCA